GGCCCCGGCCCAGGGGCAGCAGUGGCGGAGCGGAAGGAGCCGGCGCAGGAGGCAGUGAGCCCGGAGCCGCCGCUGCCGGGCCACGAUGACCGAGUACAAGCUGGUGGUCGUGGGAGCGGGGGGCGUGGGCAAGAGCGCGCUCACCAUCCAGCUCAUCCAGAAUCACUUCGUGGACGAAUAUGACCCCACGAUCGAGGACUCGUACAGGAAGCAGGUGGUCAUCGACGGCGAGACCUGCCUGCUGGACAUCCUGGACACGGCCGGGCAGGAGGAGUACAGCGCCAUGCGGGACCAGUACAUGCGCACCGGUGAGGGCUUCCUCUGCGUCUUUGCCAUCAACAACACCAAGUCCUUUGAGGACAUUCACCAGUACAGGGAGCAGAUCAAGCGGGUGAAGGACUGCGACGACGUGCCCAUGGUGCUGGUGGGGAACAAGUGCGACCUGCCGGCCCGGACCGUGGAGACGCGCCAGGCGCAGGAGCUGGCCCGGAGCUACGGCAUCCCCUACAUCGAGACCUCCGCCAAGACUCGGCAGGGGGUGGAGGACGCCUUCUAUACGCUGGUGCGGGAAAUCCGGCAGCACAAGCUGAGGAAGCUGAACCCCCCCGACGAGAGCGGCCCCGGGUGUCUGAACUGCAAGUGUGUGAUCUCCUGACCGCGGGGUUGAGGCUGGGGGUUCGGAGGUGCAGGCCCCGAGUGAGGAGGGAGGAGCCGACGGACAGAGGAUGGUGGCGGGACGGCCGGACAGGCGGGCCGACAGACAGAAGGGAGACGGCGGUGACCGCCCCUCGCUGCCGCCGGAGUUCCUGGUGCUGCCAGGGAGGGCGAGAGUGGGCACCUCGGACCCCCCCCCCCAGAGGCUCUUUUGCACGGACUGUCUCCAACUCCCCAGCCCCAAACUGCUUCCUCUGCCUCCCCGCCCCCUGCCUGACCCACUGGGCUCAUUUCAGUAAAUUAUUGGAUGGUCUUGA